AUGACCCCAAAGGAGGGAACGGCCGCUACGCCGUUUCACUUGGUGUAUGGAGGAGAGGCGGUCGUCCCAGUCGAAGUCGGUGUAGAGUCCGAGCGGAUAUUGGGCUACGACGAGGACAACGCCGAAAGGAGACAGCUGGAGCUGAACUUGAUUGAUGAGAAGCGAGCCAAAGCAGCCGCUCGGCUGAUGGCGUAUUGGCAAAGGAUGAAGCAGAAUUAUAACAAGCGGGUAAUCCCUAGAGCAUUCCAGGUCGGCGACUUGGUAUGGAAGAAGGUAAAGUUGGUCGGCAAUGUAAGUAAGCUGCAGGCCCCAUGGGUCGGCCCCUUUAAGGUCAUUAAAAAGCUCCGAUCAUGCGCCUACUAUCUCGAGGAUCAAGAAGGGCGACAGCUGGAAUGA